AUGAGCUUGCCUCAAAUCUCCCUCGACCCGGCCACUGUAAAAGCUCUUCCGCGGGGAAGACUCGUCGUGUCUGUGGACAGCCAUGGCAAGACGAAUGGGGCAAAGGGUCUAAAGGUCGUGGCGGAGCUUGCCGGCGAGGAGAGGGUGUACUUCCUCAAGAUCACCGAGGGGAAACAAGCCAUCAAUAUGGCCGUUGGCGAGUGGGAGGAUUGGUUCCUCCGCCAGUUCCGCCUGAACAUCCAGUGGGAGCAAUAUGUUCGCGGGCCGGACCCGGAGAUGGAGCAGCUCGUUGCAGAAUUCUCGACCAAGGUCAUCCCGCGUCUGUUGCGGCCCCUUCAGACAGGCGGUAGGAACAUCAAGCCAAGUCUGUGCCAUGCCGAUAUCGAGCACGGCAAUAUCCAUCUCGACCUUCAGACGCAGGAGCCCAUCAUCUUUGACCCGUGUUGCGUCUAUGGGCACCAUGAAUUCGAGCUGGGCAUGUUCCGUGGCCCCAAUUAUGGAUGGGGUCGCGAGUUCAUAGAGGAAUACCUAAAGGAAAUACCGCCAUCCGAGCCAUAG